CUGCGUCACGUCCGGCAGCCGGGGUUGCGACCCCUGACCCUGCCAGCGGGCCGGGACCAUGGUGCCGGUGUUUGGCGCCCUGGCGCUGGUGGUCGUCGUGCUCGCGCUGCUGCCGUUGGUCCGAUGGCUGCUGUCCCGUAUCAUUACUCAGCUUAUCCACAACUGGCUGAACGCAGACGUCAAGAUCGGCUCUGUUGGCCUUCUCUCGCUGCAUAACAUCAGUGUCACCAUCUCCUCACAAGGGACCAUGGAAGUGGACAAAGUCUGGGUCUCCUGCAAGCUGCUGAACCAUGAGUUACCUCACUACCUUGGCGUCUGUGUCGGAGAGGUCCGCUUCCAGACAGAUCUGCAAGGUGCCACUCCAAAUCAGGGACCGAUGGAGACUAUUCCCAGGGAGGGUGCGAGGGAGAAGCGGCCGUGGACCCCACAACCGUCAGUACUGCGCAUGUUGUCUCAGUUGUGCUCCUUCCAUAUCUACUCGAUGAACAUGAUGGUCCUAAAUGCCAGGAUCCCCGAGUCCCUGUGGCAUGUUGCAGUCUCAAGCUGCAUGCUUGUCUUCAGCUGCAAUGGCAGCAGCAUGAAGUGCGAGAGCACUGUGAGGAAACUGAACAGCAAGAUGAUAAAGAGCAGCCAGCUGGAGGAUUUCCGUCUGGCUAACAUGUCACUGAGCCUGGUGGUGACUGUGGACAUCAGCCUGCCCAGCCUGAAAGCGCUCAGCACAGAGCUGGUCAUCGACUCACUACAAACCGAGCUCCACGAGGGAUUCUUCAGUUCCCACAUACUGCGAAAAGCACUGUCACAUCCCAGAGUCUUUCAGGAAAGUUCCAGCACAGACUCUGCAGAAAAUGCCAAGGAGAUCGAUGCUGUGCCUUAUAGACCUGGGUUUAUGGAGUAUCUGCCACAAGUUGUUUCGGUGAAGAUGGAGAAUACCAGUGUCAUGCUAUUGUUAAACAGCCAGCAGAGACACCUGCACUGGAGCCUGAAGUCGUUGAGCUUCCACUACACGCUGGAUGAUUUUUACCACUCCAUCCCUCAUCUUUUGCUGCCUCCCGUCACCGUUGAGCUGAAUCUUGAAGACGGACUGCUGCUGUCCCAGAGUCGGCAGCGGAUCGUGACCCUGGCCAAGCUCAGCAGCUCCCUACAGAUCACGGGCAUUGAUAUUUCUGCAUCUGUCACCGUCCACACGUGCAUUGUUCACUAUCGGCACUCUGAGUUUUCACAUUGGCUGGCCUUGUGGUCCAGCGGUCCAGCAGAGCCAAGCACUGCAGCCAGAAGGCCCAUACCUCAGCUCAAGAUCCCCAUCACUCUCAGCUGUACACUGACAAAUGUGAGUGGCUCCCUCCAGUUUUUUGAGACGCCUGCCUUCGCACUGGGUGUCAGCUCUGUCAUUGCAGACAUUCAACACCUGAAGUCUCGCAGCUCACACUGGCGAGGGAACCUGGCACUGAAGAGCCUUUGGUGGAGAGCAGGCGAGGGGUCACAGGUACUGAGAGCACCCCCACCAGCCAACACCCAUGUGUGGGGAGAUGUUCUUGUCGUGGAUGUGAUGAACCUGCAGGGGAGUUACAGCCAGGCUCAGUCACUAACCGGUGAAUAUACCAACACUCUGCACCUGGACGGCACAGUGAGUGAGCUGCAAGUGGAGAUUGUGGAGACGGCAGUGCAGUGUCUGUCGAAGGUGUUGUCUCUGAUACAGGGAGGUCAGGAGGCACCUUCAAAAGAGAACCCAGUCAUCAUAGAAUGUGACUCUAUGCAUGAGGGUCUGGUUUUCAACAGUGAACCUCGGAUCCAUCUCUCCAGAGUGAAUGUUAAACUGGAAGACAUCACGCUCUUCUUUCUCUCCAGUACAGCAGGUGCCAGCAUUCUACAGGUGAAAUCAGUGACUGUUGACAACAGUGUGGAGAAUUUAAUCAGUGAAGUGGAGAGCUUAUCCCUCGCAGUGGAGAAGGAUAUAACAAACAGUAUACGGCUCCAUUCCAAUCUGAAAAAUAUCCCCACACAUCUUCUGUCUGUAUCCCAGUUCACCGCCGCUUUCUUCACACACGGCUGGUCUUUUGAGCUGCGAUCCCUGCAGGACGUCAAUGUACAGUGGGAUCCUACCAGCCACAUGUUCCUCUACCAUCACCUCCAGGAGGCCAGGCAAAUGCACCAGAGCCUGCAGGCAAGCCUGGCAGCGGGUAAGCUGCCAGUGGGCAAGAGCAGUGUGGGUAGGAGGUCCGUCGGUCUGGAGCUGAAGAACCUGACAGUCAGCGCAAAAAUUGCCCCCGAGCAUGUGGUCCAGCUGCGGGCAGUGAAUGUGUUGGGCAGGGUGCAGGGCGAGGAGAAGCAGCUGCAGGCCUCCCAGCUGGUGCUGGUCUUCGACGGUCACGACAUCUUCUCCUUCAGGGAGGCUGAGGUGCAGAGGGAACUGUGGGAUCCACUUCCAGGCGCCAGAGUUGGGAUGUGGACCAUCCAGCUUUCCAGCGCCUCGGCAGAGUUCCCUUUCCGUUACGAUUUCUCCAGCGCCUUUGACCAGUGUGUGACCGUGGCCAAGUGGCUGAAGGCAUUGCACCGUGUUGGCGGUCCACCACAGGAGGGGAAACCAGCGGGACCACUGCCCUCUGACAUAGUCCUCCGCCUGGGCCAGUUCUCCUUCGUCUUCCUGGACAGUGUCUUUGAGGUAAAGCUGCGAGAUGACUAUGAGCUGAUGAAGGAUGAGAGCAAGGAGAGUGCCAAGAGGCUGAAGCUGCUGGAUGCCCGGGUGACUGCCCUUCGCAAACGGCAUGGUGAGCUGCUGCCCGCCCGCAAGAUUGAGGACCUGUAUGCCUCACUGGAGCAGACCAACAUCAACAUGUACGUGCAACGCUCCCAACGUCUCUACACCAACACACCCAUGCGCAAGGCCCUGCUGACCUGGCUGAUCACUGAUCUGGAGCUGAGAGCCACGGCCGAGGCCUCCACUCACGGCGCACACCGUGUGCAGGAGGAGAUGCAAAGGCUGGAUAGCUCCAGCCCCUUCCCCAAGGACGGCCUGCGGCUCCUCAUCCACUGGUGCCGGCUGGUGAAGUUCCAAGCCAAAGCAUUUCUUGUUCGAAUCCGUGAUUACCCUCGGUAUCUGUUUGAGAUACGAGACUGGAAUCUUUCGGGAAAGCUGAUUGGGUCCGAGGAGGAUGGACAACCCCAUGCAAGGCGAAAGGUGAAGCUGUCCCUGGGAGCUCCCUGGGGUGAUGCUGUAAUUGAGAGGAACAUGCCCCCUUUGAAAUGGUACCAUGACUUUGAGUCCCAGGUCUCCCUCUUCACCAUCGUGUGGGGUCCAUGCUGGGACCCAGCCUGGACGCUGAUUGGACAGGCCAUCGAUCUCCUCACCAAACCCACGGUGGACCCAAGCCCACCCCUCACCUGGUGGGACAAGAGCCGGCUGCUUUUCCAUGGGACCUGGAGAAUGGACAUCGAGCAAGCCAACCUGCACCAGCUCGCUACUGAGGAUCCAUACAACACCACCGAGAACAUGCACUGGGAAUGGAGCAAGUUACAGUUCAUCUGGAAGAAUUGCCAAUUUUGCUUUGCAGGCGACCUUGAUGUCAAUGUGCGAACUGCAUCAAAGUACGAUGACUGCUGCUUUCUUCACUUACCUGACCUGCGCCUCACCGUUGACCUCCAGUGGGUCUGCCAGGGAAACCCCUUUGACCACCACAGCGUUGCGUUGUGCUCCCCAAACAACCUGCAAACGCUGCCAGAUGGAGAGGUGCAUGAUUCCUAUAAACUCUUCCGAUCCCGGAAUGUCAACCUUUCGGUAAUGAUGAACCUGGAUGCAUCAGGCAGAGGAAGCACCGAGUCUCGAAUCCUGUUGUACAGCAGCACCUUGCGCUGGAUGCAGAAUUUCUGGGCCACGUGGACAACUGUUUCCAGACCCAUCUGUCGGGGGAAGCUCUUCAAUAAUCUGAAACCAAGCAAGAAGAAGCUAAGCCAACAUUACAAGCUGGUGUCCUUCAAUCCCGUCUUUCCCCAAUUACAGGUUCAUUACUGGGCUUCAUUUGCCCAACAGCGGGGUAUCGAACUGCAGUGCUCCCAAGGGUACGUGUCCUGCCGAGGAACACAGAGGUUCAUUCCCCAGGCAGGGGGCUCGGUGCUGAGACGGCCGAUCUCGGAGUGGAAUGUCACUGAGAUGUACAGCAAGCUGAACCUGGUCACUGUCUACCUGAUGACAUCAGCUGCGGAAGAGAGUGCCGAGCAGCGGCUGGAUGCGCAGGUGACCAAGACUCACCUCCUCAGCCUCUCAUCCCUCAACUACCAGAGGCAGAACAAAGUGGAGGAGGAGCUAUCUGUGAAGGAGGAGGAAGGUUACACUCACAGACUUUGCCUGGUUGACCUCCGAGCAUCGUGGACCCCGACCAACCGCACGGUGGCAUUCGGUCUCUAUGAUGGGUACAAGAAGGCAGCUGUGCUGAAGCGUAACCUAUCCACUGAGGCACUGAAAGGGUUAAAGAUUGACAUCGACCUGCAGACCAAGAAACCAAAAAGGCCACCCCCAGUACCUGCUGCCUCCAGCGCAGAUGAGGAGAAACAGGAACCAAAACCGCAGGAAGGUCCAGCGAACAGAGAGGAGGGGCGGUUGCCUGGAGAGGCAGCAAGAGGAGGCGCCUCCAUGUUACAGAAGCUGAUUGAGGAGACAGACAGGUUUGUCGUUUUCACAGAGGAGGACUCUGGCGUGUGCGACCAGCUGUACGGGAUCGUAGCCUGUCAAACAGGUGAUGUGUUAAACCGGAACUGGAUGAUCGAGCUGGUGAACUCCCAGGUGAUGUUAAGAGGUGCUGAGACAGUAGGCUGUGUCUUUGUAAGUGCUGCCAAGGCGCAGCUGAUGCAGUGCCUGUACCACCCAGCCUGGUACAAUGACACCCUCAAGCAAAAGACCGCCUGGACCUGCCUGCUGGACGGUAUGCAGUACUUUGCCACCAUGGAGACCAACCCUGCGGAGAAUGAGGAGCGCCAGCUAUGGUUAGAGGUCAAAAACAUCGAAGAGCAUCGCACCCGGAACCUGGACUCUGUGGCGGAACUGAUGGAGAGUGGACAGGCUGUGGGAGGGAUGGUCAGCACGACAACAGACUGGAACCUCCCUGCCCAAGGCUAUCAGACCCAGCAAGUGCAGAGGAUCAUCUCGCGCUGUAACUGCCGGAUGUUCUAUGUCAGUUACAGCCACGAUAUUGAGCCUGAGUUGGUGACCCAGAUCAAACCCCCUGAGCUGCAUGAAGACCAGAAGGAAGACUUGCUGAAGAAGCAGAAUGGUGCUGUGGACACAUUCACCCUGAUCCACCAUGACCUGGAGAUAUCCACCAACCCAGUGCAGUACGCCAUGAUCUUGGAUAUCGUUAACAAUCUGCUGUUGCUCGUCGAACCCAAACGCAAAGAGCACAGUGAGAGGAAGCAGCGAGUGCGUUUCCAGCUGGAGAUUUCCAGCAAUCCAGAAGAGCAGCGGAACAGCAUCCUCCACCUGCAGGAUGCGGUCAGGAUGCACGUGACCCGGAUCCGGCAGUGGGAGAAAGAGAUCUACCUGAUUGUCAAGUCUCUGCAGGACGACAGCCGUAGCACUACCCUGUUGAACCAGAGCCACGAGCUACAGGUGCGGCUGAACCAAGAGAAGACGGAUCUACAGGCCAAGAGCGAGGAACUCAAUAUCCUCAUCAGGUGUUUUAAGGACUUCCAACUCCAGCGGGCAAACAAGCUAGAACUCCGCAAGCAGCAGGAGGACGUGAGCGUGGUGCGGCGCACCGAGGUUUACUUUGCCCAGGCACGCUGGCGUCUGACGGAAGAGGAUGGGCAGCUGGGUAUUGCCGAGCUGGAGCUGCAGCGAUUCCUGUACAGCAAGGUGAAUAAAUCAGAUGACACUGCAGAGCAUCUGCUGGAACUGGGUUCCUUCACAAUGAACAACCAACUGCCAAACUCCUUGUAUAAGGUGGUGUUACGGCCCCAGAAUCCCUCGCAGUCUGCUCGCCAGCUCGCUCUCAGAAUCUUCAGCAAAGUCCGGCCUCCCGUGGGGGGCAUCUCAGUGAAGGAACACUUUGAGGUGAAUGUUGUUCCAUUGACCAUUCAGCUUACCUACCAGUUCUUCAGGAGGAUGAUGGGCUUCUUUUUUCCGGGACGGAAUGUAGAAGAGGAGGACACGGGAACAGACGAAGAGGACAAGUCCAAGCUGGUGACCACAGGUAUUCAGGUGGGUGUAAAGUCUCGGCAGCUCAUCACCCCUGAUGACACAGUCAGCCUGGGGUCAGCGAAAGGAGUCUCGGCAGGACUAAACAGGGGUUCAGGGGUCAGGAGAUCCUUCCGGAAGCCCCCAGAGAUAGGUGAAGGUGGAUUCCCCUGGGUGGCCACCUCUAGUGCCAGAGACUUGUAUCACAGUGCAAGCUCCCUGUCCUGUUACUUUCAGCAUCCAGUGGACGACAUCGACAAGAUGAAGGAGAGGGCGGCAAUGAACAAUUCUUUUAUCUACGUGAAGAUUCCACAGGUCCCGCUGUGUGUCAGCUACAAGGGUGAGAAGAAUAUUGAGGACUGGAAGGACUUCGGCCUGGUCUUGCCCUGCUUGGAGUAUCACAAUAAUACCUGGACCUGGCUCGAUUUUGCCAUGGCCGUCAAGAGGGACAGUCGCAAGGCUCUGCUUGCCCAGGUGAUAAAGGAGAAACUGCGCCUGAAGCCGGCCUCCGGACUGGAGGCACGGGGCCGGAUGGCAGAGCCGAAGCCAGAUGGAAAUCCUCAGCAGCAGGAGGAGGAUGAGAAGGCACGCCUGCUGAUCGGCUCCAAGCUAAUUUCCGGCGACAAGUCCUCUGGAAAAAAGUCACUCUUUGGGAAGCGGAAGUGAAGAGGGAGACAUCCUUACACUCCACAUUCAAGCCCUAUGGCUCCACACAGUGUACGGUGGGUCAGGGAAUCAAAGUUGGAUGUUUCAUGGCCCUUCACCCUUCCUCUCCCACCAUCCCCAUUACUUCCAGUGCUGUAAAAUUGUGUAAAGAGAAAACUUAUUACAAAAGUUUAAAAAGUAAACUGUGAUGUAAUUAAUAUUUACACUAAAAGUUGCACUGUUUUGUAGUAACUGUAAAAUUUGUAAUUUACUGAUUUUUGUCUGAACUAUAAUUGUUAUUUUAAAAGGAAUUGACUUUGUGUACAGUCUGCCCCCAUUUACCAAAAAGAGAUUCCAGCAACUUUAGCCAAAUUUUUAUGAAAGAUGUCCUGCUGUGAUUCUUUGAGUUUGAACUGAUUAAUAUAGUGGCGUAUCCCUGUCUAUGUGUAGGGCUAGUCCCCAGUUUCCGCAGCUGUUUCAUUCUGAGCAACACACACAAAAUGCUGGAGGAACUCAGCCAGGCAGCAUCUAUGGAGGGGAAUAAACAGUUGAUAUCAGGACCUGAUGAGUCUCAGUUUAAAAUGUCCACGCUUGUUCCCCUUCACCGCCUGAUUUGCUGAGUUCCUCCAGCAUCUUGUGUGUAUUGCUGAAGGUUUACAGCGUCUGCGGAAUUCCUUGAGUUGUUUAGUUCUGAGGCCUGUUUAUGAGAGGUCUCUGGGUGAUGUAUGUUGGUGUUAUUUUCUCCUGGGUGAUCUGAUUGUUUUGAUUGGUCCCUAUUUAUAGAUGCUCCACAGUUGGCUUAUGUUUAUUUCUUUUCAUGGACUGGUGUUCCAGCUUUCAUUAAACUUUUCAAAGCCACUCGCUGAGGAUCCAUUUGGAGUUGGUCCUGUGUGGUUGGUUUAUAUUUGAGGCUGCAGGGAUUGCAUUCGGAAUUGUGCCGAUCUCUCUUUAUGAGGAAGCUCUUUUGCAGCAGUCAACCCAUGACACGAUGCAGCCUCAGACACUGCCAGCAUUAGCCAGAAUAAAGGCUGCUCCUUCAACAGCCACGUGAAAGUCGUGGCAAAUUAAACUCCAUUUCUGCCCAUUCUCCAUGACCACACACAAAUCCAGAAGAGCAGCCAGUCACUGGGAGUGCCAGUUAAUUCCUACUUGAAGUCUUUAAAAUCGUACAGAGAAACAUUUGAGUUUAUUUGAAAUUGGAUAAGACUUUUGCUUUCAGUUUUAGUGGGUGUAGAAGGCAGUUAAAUAUUUUGUUUCCUCUCUUUUGGCCUCAAGUUUACAAAUAAACGUGGGGACUGCUAAUCAGAGGGCAGAAUCUGCCAGCCCCCUUCUCCCUCUCCCUGUUAGCUUUCUCCACCUGAGUACCUGACCUGGACGGCUUUGGACACUGGCACACCUCACCU